GCAGACUGCAGGGUUACCGCGCCCAUCUCCGUCUGAUGGCCGGAUGAGAGGUGAACUCAACUGGAGAGAAGUGCUCCUUCAAGGAAGGCAACGGGAAGUGGCCACCGACGGACUUAUUCUUUGACAGAAGUCUCCAAUCGGACAUUUAUGACUGCAAUUUUUCAUCGCAGUUGAGAUCCCCCUCAAACAGGCUCAUCCCCCGCCCGCUGGAGCGAGUUUUGUCGCUGUGGAAGUGGAUUCGGUACUUCUCCCACUGCUAGUUAGCGAGCUAGCUCGUCUUGUUCGUUGAUGCGUGGAUUUGACAGCCACACCAUCGUUUAUUUCGGUCAAUGCCAUAUAAACAAAGGCCAUUUACGACUGAGAACAGAUCAGAACGUGUCCCGGCAGUAGGAGUGAGGAAGAGCUUUAGAAGAGGAAAAUGAGUGAACUGGACCAGUUACGCCAGGAGGCUGAGCAGCUGAAGAACCAGAUUAGAGAUGCAAGGAAAGCUUGUGCAGAUGCCACACUAUCACAGAUCACAGCCAACAUUGACCCUGUUGGCCGAAUCCAGAUGCGCACAAGAAGAACACUGCGGGGGCAUCUGGCUAAAAUCUAUGCCAUGCACUGGGGCACCGAUUCCAGGCUGCUUGUCAGUGCCUCCCAGGAUGGAAAACUCAUUAUUUGGGACAGUUAUACUACAAAUAAGGUCCACGCCAUUCCUCUGCGCUCCUCCUGGGUGAUGACCUGUGCCUACGCUCCUUCAGGGAAUUACGUUGCUUGUGGAGGCCUAGACAACAUCUGCUCCAUCUACAGCCUCAAGACUCGCGAGGGGAACGUACGCGUCAGCCGCGAGCUGGCCGGACACACAGGAUACCUCUCUUGCUGCCGCUUCGUUGAUGACAACCAGAUUGUUACAAGUUCUGGCGACACCACCUGUGCUCUCUGGGACAUAGAAACCGGUCAGCAGACGACCACGUUUGCGGGUCACACCGGUGACGUGAUGAGCCUGUCUCUGGCUCCAGACACCAGGCUGUUCGUGUCAGGGGCCUGUGAUGCCUCUGCUAAACUCUGGGACGUCCGUGAGGGCAUGUGCAGACAGACCUUCACUGGCCACGAGUCGGACAUCAACGCCAUCUGUUUCUUCCCCAAUGGCAACGCAUUCGCCACCGGUUCUGACGACGCCACCUGCCGCCUGUUUGACCUGCGCGCCGACCAGGAGCUCAUGGUCUACUCUCACGACAACAUCAUCUGUGGCAUAACCUCCGUGGCCUUCUCAAAGAGCGGCCGCCUGUUGCUCGCCGGCUACGACGACUUCAACUGCAACGUGUGGGACACCCUCAAGGCCGACCGCGCUGGUGUGCUGGCCGGCCACGACAACCGAGUAAGCUGUCUGGGUGUAACCGAUGACGGGAUGGCAGUGGCUACAGGGUCUUGGGACAGCUUCCUCAAGAUCUGGAACUGAACGUGAAGGUGCUUUCAAUACAACAUGUCCAAUACAAUAUCAUUUGAACUCCAAAGUUGACUGGAAGACCAUUCCAACUUUAGAAUGUUAAAUUUCACAGCAUCGUCAACAACAAAACACCUUCUAAAACUGACUGACACCACCAUGAAAAGAAAUAAAACUUCUAAGGGAAAACAAUGCCUUUCCUACACCAAGAAGAGCACAAUUUGUUUUAUCACCCAGCUUAAAAAAAGAAAAAAAGAAAAAAAAAAAUGAAGAAGAUUUCCUGUGGUAUCAAAUGAAUAAAUUGCAUUCCCUCUCGGACCAUUCUGUGUCACCCUGUAAGAGAACACACAAAACACUAUCAUCCCACGCUUAUGUAUCAUGUGUCUAGAAAGCAAAUGUUGGAGUGUAAUUGUACAAAUUAUUUAACUCUUAUUUUUUUUCUUCUUUUGAUUCCUUUUAUCUGAUAGUUCAUCUUCUAGAUCUUUUUCCCGCCUGUUUUUUCUGUUUAGAUACGUUUCUGAUUAGUAAAAUCUUUUAAUCCUGUUAUUAUAAAACCACGUAAAAACGACAUGAAAGUCAUGUAAAAUGCUGAAACUAGACCAGGAUGGAAGAGCAGCUUUUUUUUUGAAGAUGCCAAUCAUGUGUUUUGUUAUUUUCACGUGCACUAGGUUGCUCUACAGGUUGUGUAGUUUCCAUGAACGUGACUCGAGCGAGAGGAAAGCUUAAUAAUCAUAUUCUUGGGCGGCCCCGGACGGCGCUCAACGGCCGCUGGGUUUCUGCCGAUCACCGGCGAACGAGAGCAGCCCUAGCUUUCCAAAACCCGUAAUCAUGAUCUGUGCAUUAGUUUUCUUUCAGUGUGAAUCCUGGUCCUUUUGUCAUUAAAGAAAAAAAAGAAAACGCCAUAAAAAUGCCAUAUCUCUUUUAAAUACUUUGCCAUUUCCGAGAGUCCGAGGUACUCGCUUCAUUUAUCCACGAAUGGCCGUUGUAAAUAUGGGUAUCCGACUUGCACGCGAAUGCAGCAUUAUAUCUUAGCUAAUGUUUCUUUCCAGUCUCGUCACAGCUUUGUUUGCACAAUAAGAAACUUGACUAACGUUUUAAGCGUUAACUAACCAAGCACAUGCCGUUAAUCACAUCGAAUGCUAAUUUUAAUGUAGAAAAUGCACAAAAAAGUACAAAAAAACUGAAAAACACAAAAAAUACAAUCCUCUCUCUCUUUCAUUGGAUUAAAAACCGUUCAAACUAACCCCUUAGCUUCUCUUCUGGUCUUACGUUUAUACUUUUUCUCCUCGGUUACUUUGAGCUUUUGGCUUUUUAUUCCGAUUUUUGCGAUUGUUUUCGUCGGUGGGAGGUCGGGAGGGGGAACGUUUAGAUUUUUUCAGUGGUGUCGGGAUCAGUGUUCGGAAGAAAAAAAAAACGAAACAGAGAUAACAGUUACUACUAUGUGAAUGAAAUGUUGUACAAAUCAAUGUCUGAAAAUAAUGAUGAUUCUGAAAUCUUUAAGUUAAGCGUUUUAUUUCAUCUGCCAUGAAUUAACGUAGUCGCAUGCUGUAGAAUUUGCUUAAACGGGCGCUGACGUCUUUAGGCCCACUGGGAUGGCGAAACCGAUACGAAGCAGAAAACGUUGAUUCCGAACGUUUUAGACAUGCCGUGCAUACAUCCUUUACUUUCACCGGCGAAGCUAUGCACCUAUGUGAGAAUUCCUGCAGACGACCUGUAAAUCAUGGCCAUGCUUCCUGAAGUUUUUCCAAAUUAAACGAAAUGUCCCGUUCGAGACGCUCAAAACCUUCUUUCAGAUAUUUCGACACCGAAACGUUUUGGCUUUUCUUUAAACGUUUUGAAAUGGCAUCUGACAUGGCAGAGUCUUCUGUUCUUUUUCCACUGUAAACAGAUGCACUUUCUUUUAAUAGUUGUGACUUUUUUUUUUUUAUUGUUUUUUUCCUUUCUCUGCGAUAAUGUACAAUAAUUGUGAUGUAUUUGUGUGUGCUGCCACCAGUAAAGAUUAAUUGCAGUUCAAUUAAAAUGGAUUCCCCUUAUUUUCUCUCUUCAUUAAUAACUGUAGAUCUCAGCACUCCCUAUCUCGCCUUUUGUAUUUAAUUUCAGUCUGUCGGUGUACCACAGAAAGCUGGAUGCAACAUAGAUACUAUAUUAAAAUGUACUGUUAUUUAAGAUGUAAUAAAACAAGUUUGAGAUGUC